AGCACCACUACGCCGUUUAGUGCUACUGCUCAGAAGAUUAGUGUUAGUGGGAUUCAUGCGUGGAGAGCGCCUGGGCCGGGCGAUGCUCGAGGACCUUGUCCUGGACUUAACGCACUGGCCAACCAUGGCUAUUUACCAAGAAACGGUUAUGCUACCGUCCUCGACUUGGUCACCGCCACAACAACCGUCUUCGGUAUGGGUCCCAUGCUCGCGACGGUUCUGUCGGUAUAUGGAGCUGCCAUCGAUGGCAGCGCUCUCGCCUGGUCGAUCGGAUACAACGGCCCUGUGAUCAGAGGCAUUGGGAAUAGCCAUGGCAACUAUGAAACCGACAAUUCACCCAUGCGCGGAGACUUGUACCAAUACGGCUCCAACUCCGACCUCGUCAUAUCGCAAUUCGAGAAAUUCUACAGUUUGCAACCCAACGACAACACGGCCAACUACAACAUCGACGUCCUCGCUCAAUUCCGCGCCAUCCGAUUCGCCGAAAGUAUCGAAAAAAACCCCUACUUCUACUACGGUCCAUUCUCCGGAACCACAGUGUCCAUCGCAGCCUAUUCCUUCAUCUAUCGCUUCAUGGCCAACCACACCGCCGAAGCUCCCGACGGCGUCCUCAAUGGCGAAGUCCUCAAGAGUUUCAUGGCGAUUAGCGGCAAUCCGGGAAGUUUCACGUGGACGCGGGGACAUGAGAGGAUUCCAGAGAAUUGGUAUCGGAGAAGUUUGACGGAUGGGUAUGAACUUGAUGGGAUUCAGGCGGAUGGGGAUGUGUUUCAGAGUACUACUCCGCAAUCUACUGGUCCGGGAUGCAAUACGGGAACAGUCAAUAGCUAUGUCGAGAUUGACUCGAGCUAUCAGGAUUAUGAUUUCUCGUCGCCGACGGCUGGAGUGUGUUUUGCUGUGAAUACGAUUUUGGGAGAGACUUCGCUUGGGUCAGUCGUCACGGGUCUGGUCGAACAGUUGAUUUUGCCGAUUCAGAAUUCUUUGGGUUGUGCCACUGUGCCGGCGAGGAAUGACUCGGUUGCGAACGUGUGCCCUGGGUAUGCUUUCUAUGGUGGUCCCACGGCGGACAUUGCGCCAGGGGCUAUUCAGAGCUAG